AUGAGCUUCAGACUUCAUAUUUGCAAGUUCCCUGCCUUGACAGUAAUCAUCAUGGAUAGUGUGUUCUUAACAGAGGACAAAGCCAAUUCUGUGUUAAAAAGAUACCCGAGAGCCAACACAUUUCUGGAAGAACUAAAGCAAGGUGACAUAGAACAUGAAUGCAGAGAAGAAAUCUGUAGCUAUGAAGAAGCAAGAGAAGCAUUUGAAAAUGAGGAAAAAACGAAGGAGUUCUGGAAAGUCUACAAAAAUGGACUUCAGGGAGAAAGUAACACAGGACAUACCUGGUAUUCAUUUUACCUUGCAUUUCCAUUAAUCAUUGGCCUUUUUGUUAUCCUCAUUGUCAUUUUUGUCAUAUGGAGAUGCCUGUUUAAAAAGAAAAUGCGUAGACAGUCGGUGUACAUGCAUAGGGGAGCCCACGAAGCAAUGGGUGAUGGUGCUGUGGCUGACGGCAGAGGUCCUCUUCCACCGCCUCUCAGCAUUGUUCAUUCCCCACAGGAGGAAAUGUUUGAAGUCAGUGGGCUCUCUCCAGGAGGUCUGAGCUAUACAGAUGGACAGUCAGACUCCAUAUCCACAAGGCUCUCAAACUGUGAUCCUCCUCCUUCAUACGAGGAAGCCACUGGUGAAAUCAGUAUGAGAAGUGAAACUGAACAACAUUUAGAUCCACCUCCGCAAUAUGAAGACAUUGUGAAUUCAAGUUCAGCCAGUGCAAUUGCACUAUCUCCUGUUGUCACCAGUAAUAAGUAAAGCAAGAAGAAUGCUGUGGACUUCUUAAA